CUUAAUUUUAGGCCAGCGCUCAAGAACGAAAGCGCCAAUGUGCACAAAAGAUGGGAUUUUGAUGGCGUGCGAGGCAUAACCGAAAAAACCCAGUACAGUAACUGUAGAGGGAGAGAGAGAGAGAGAGUAGCGUGCCCAACACUUGGGCUUAAAUCCCUAAAACUUGGCUGCUUUGUUUUCUGGGUUGUUGUUGAAAUGUCUUGUUCCUCUGAGAAAGAGCUGGAGGAGCAGCUCAAGGAGGCUGGAAAUAUUCUCCUCAACCCUCCUCCUGCUACCGAGGAGCUUCUCAAAAUCCUUGGUAUUGCGAAAACCUGAGAUCCUCUGUUUCUUUUUGUAUUUUAGGAAGCUGAGGGUUUGUUGUCAAAUGUUCAGCAAGCACCACACAGGUCCAUGCAAGAUGCACUCCUACCGAUAAUGAAGGCAUUAAUUUCUGAUGAGCUGUUUAGGCACUCAGAUAUGGAUGUGAAGCUAUAUGUUGCUUCUUGCAUUACUGAGCUUACGAGAAUAACAGCACCCGUUCCUCCAUACAAUGAUGAAUGGAUGAAGGAAAUCUUUCAGCUGACUGUAGCAGCUUUUGAGAAACUGUCAUAUGUUUCCAGUCCCUUUUAUAGAAAGGCAGUUUCCAUUCUUCAUAUUGUGGCAAAGGUCAGGUCAAGCUUGCUGAUGCUGGACCUUGGUUGCAGUGCAUUAAUUCUUGAGAUGUUUCAACAUUUCCUUAAUAUAACCCAGUCCAAUCAUCCACAUUCUGUAUUUUCAGCCAUGGAAACUAUUAUGACCAUGGUUUUAGAUGAAAGUGAAGAAAUUCCCGUGGAUCUUGUCAAAGCUCUUCUAUCCAGUGUUAGAAAGGAAAAUCAGACUGUUUCACCUUUUUCAUGGAAAUUGGGGAAGAAGGUUAUAGACAAUUCUUCAGCUAAGCUUAAACCUUAUCUCGUGGAAGCAGUGAAGUCCAUGGACACUGCUUUGGAUGAUUACGCGCAAAUAGUGGCUUCUGUAUGCCAAAAUGGAUGUCAAGCUGUCAAACAUGAUCAUGUUAAUGAUUCUGUGAAGACUUUGGUGACCGAGGGGCCUAAGGCAAUUGCUGUUUGUCCCAGAGAAGUUGAACAUACUGUAGCUGCUUCUACUGGGGAUGAACAUAUCAGGCAUAAAAAUUCUACUGCAGGAUUACAGCAUUGCCAUCAUACUAAACCCUCCAAGGUUAUUGAUUCAAGAGAUAGUGCUAAACCAGACAACUACUCUUCAAAAACUAUCAAAUCAGCAACUGAGCCAUGCUCGGUUCCCAAGAAGAGAGGCCAGAAAUCAAAUUCUUUGAAGGGUUCAGAAGAAGGAUAUGACAAUGCUCAACCCAACAAUUCACUCUCUCUGAACGCUGUUAAAUCAGAAGAGCCAUCCUCGGCCUCCAAAAAGAGAGGCAGGAAGCCAAAUUCUUUAAUGAACCCAGCAGAAGGCUACGACCAUUCUUGGAUUAGUAGUGGGAGAAAAACUCAAAAACCAUCUGCCAGCAGUAAGUCUGAUUACAAGGUGUCUAAUCCUUCACCUACAAAUGAUCGUCUUCGUGCAAAGGCUGAAGUACCCUUGAUGCUUAAAAAUGUGAGGGAGCCCCUGGGUUCCAAACCUAAAAUUGAAAGGGAUAUACGAGCUUCUCCAUUUCUUCCGAAGAACCCUCUUGGUGGAUCCCAACACAUAAAGGGCCGGCCGAAGAAGAAAGAUGUAGCAGACCAUGCUGCUAAGCCUAGUUCCCUUUCAGCUGUGAAGCAAGAGCUCUCAAUUGCUCAAAUUGAGGAGAGGACUCCUAAAGAAGAAAAGCCCAAGCUGAGAAAGAAGUAUAAGGGGACUGUUAACACAGGAGAAAGACUACGGGAGCAGCUUAGAGAUAUUAGACUUGCUGAAAAAUCAAAUGAGGGCUGCAUUCGUUCUUCAGUAAAUGUGGUCACAGAUAAGGAAUCUGAAGUUCCUACUGAUCCUGAUAAAGCAUCACAAAAACAGUUGUCUUUGGAUGUAGAAACGAAGAGUACCACUGAUCCAUCAUCUCUCCGUCAUGGUAUUAAGAAAAGUAGGCGGAAUGGUGCUUCUCGAAUGGAGAGUACUGAAGCAUCUGGUAGCAAGAUUUUUGAGUCUGCGAAAAAAACGAAUGAAGAUAAUGAAGGAACCUCUAAAGUGGUUCUCAAGAGGAAGCGUAUCAUUGAAAAGGAAGAGGCCUCUCAAAUGCCUGAUCUCGGUGAACGGUUGGUUGACAGAAGAAUAAAGGUUUGGUGGCCACAGGACAAAAAGUUUUAUGAAGGUGUUGUUUCUUCUUACGACCCUGCCAAAAAGAAACACUUGGUGUUGUAUGCUGAUGGGGAUGAAGAAAACCUGAACCUCAAAAAGCAGCGCUGGAAAUUGAUUGGAGAUGAUUUGCCAGACGUCGAAAUGGAUAAUCUGCUAAAACUUUCUGCUGCUUCUGAUACACUACCACAAAAGAGAAAACGGAAACCAAAAUCAGAACGAUCAAAACGAACGCAUGCUGGUCUGUCCUCAAAAAGGAUAUCUAGACGUGGAGUCUCAGCUGAAAGUAAAUCUGCGGACUGUUUUGUACUAGGUGAGCGUAAAGUUAUUGAUGAACGUGAUGGUGAUCAAGCCAAGGAAAAUGACAUAUUGAAGGAUGAUGGCCAAAUAUCUGCUGAUAAACUGGAGGCGGAUAUGAAGACUGGUAUUGGCUCUUGCACAGUAGGUGAGCGUAAAGUUAUUGAUGAAAGUGAGGAUAAUCAAGCCAAGGAUAAUGGCCAAAUAUCUGCUGGUGAAUUGGAGGCAAAUAUGAAGACUGGUAUUGAUGAAUGUGAAGGCGAGCAAGCCAAGGAAAAUGACCAAACGUCUGCUGGUGAAGUGCAGGCUGAUAUGAAGACUGGUGUUGACUCUGCAUCAGUCGGCGAGCAUAAGGUUAUUGAUGAAUGUGAGCGGGAUCAAGCCAAGGAAAAUGACGGAUUGAAGGAUAAUGGCCAAAUAUCUGCUGGUGAAUUGGACGCCAGUAUGAAGGCUGAUAUUGACUCCGCACAGCUCACACCGGAGACUAUGACCUUAUCCGAGGGAGAGAGUCCCAAAGUUGAUAUUGAACCUUCUGGUAGGGAAUGCUUCAAAGAACUGAUGGAAUUGGGCAAGGGUGCAGAGACUGCAAGAUCACUUGACGUCAGUUAGACUAAAGUGUGUAUAGAGAUGACAGGUAGUGAUUGAUGGGCAAGCUCAAAAGUGCAUGAUUUUAGCUCUAGUACCGAAAGUGUCGGUUAGUCUCUGUUUAUUCCUUUUGUAGACACAGUAACAUGCACCCAGACCCAGUGGUUUUUGCCUUUGAUGUAGGUUUUAUAUGAGUAAUAUAUAAACCGUUGCAAAAGGGCUAUUCGCUCUCUUUUGCAUUCCCAUCACCAUUUAUGGGUUUUUCCUCCAGACA